ACUCACAAACCUUUUUCACGCCUUCUUCUCUGUCCUUCCACACAAACAAACUUCAUUCCAAUUCUACCUCAUUUUCCGAUCACACUCUCCCCGUAACUGAUCCACACCAACCUAACAAUGCCUUCACAGGGAUCUCUAAUCUAUAGCCUUGUCGCUAGAGGCACCGUGGUCCUUGCUGAGUACACCGAGUUCACCGGCAAUUUUCAAUCCGUCGCUACACAAUGUCUUCAGAAACUUCCCGCCUCCAACAAUCGAUUUACUUACAAUUGCGAUGGCCACACCUUCAAUUACCUCAUUGACCAAGGAUACACCUACUGCGUUGUGGCAGUUGAAUCUGCUGGAAGGGAACUUCCCAUUGCCUUCUUGGAGCGUGUUAAGGAUGAUUUCAUGAAAAGAUAUGGGACAGGCAAAGGCAAAACUGCUGCUGCCAAGAGCCUGAACAGAGAGUUCGGAUCUAAAAUGAAAGAGCAUAUGCGCUAUUGUAUCUCUCAUCCUGAAGAGAUUAGCAAGAUUGCUAAGGUCAAGGCUCAGGUUUCGGAAGUAAAGGGAGUGAUGAUGGAGAACAUUGAGAAGGUUCUUGAUCGAGGAGAGAAGAUUGAAUUACUUGUUGAUAAAACCGACAACCUUCGCAAUCAGGCACAAGAUUUCAAGAAACAAGGAACCAAGAUGAAGAGGAAGAUGUGGAUUCAGAAUAUGAAGGUGAAACUGAUAGUCUUUGGUAUCUUCGUUGCUUUGGUUCUGGUCAUUAUUCUCUCGAUAUGCCCUGGCUUCAAAUGCUUUUAAAAUCCUUCCUUUUUGCAACAGCUUCAUUACAUUUUCUCUUCUAGGUUAGCUAUCCUUUUAGCUCAUACCCGCGAGCCUUUAGGACAAUACAGGGCUUACAGUUAGGAAAGGUUUUGAUGUUCUUUCACCUCAUUAGAAACCCGUCUAGUUAACCGAACCUUGGAUAAAUCGGUGCAUUUUGUCAUCGUCACUGAUCGAAUUCAUUCUUCAAUUUCUCUUUUACCACAAUUUUAAUAAGAUCAUGUUCCCGAUGAUUAGAUCUCUUGUAAGUUUUGGUAAACCAAAUUAUCUAAUAUUGUAGUAAAUGAUAGAAGUCAUCAUUGGUUAAAGAAAAAGGGGUUUCAAGGUCUCGGGUCUGAUUACAGACACCACCCACUUAUCGUUAGGACACAUAAUUUACCU